AUGGAUCGUGCAAACAAGCCUCAGCCCAUCUCCUCGCCAACGACAACCGGUCCUCAACCUCAGGUCAAUACCCACAAGGACCGCGUCUCAGCGACUCUCCCGACCGGUGACAGCGUCGAGAUUCUCCUCUACGGAGCUACGGUUAUCUCGUGGAAGAGCAAUGGCAAGGAGCGACUGUGGGUUAGCGAGGCGGCGAAGCUCGAUGGAAGCAAGCCUGUGAGAGGUGGGAUUCCGCUGGUGUUUCCGUGCUUCGGCCCACCACCCAAGGACCACGCAACUGGCGCCCUCCCACAACACGGCUUCGCACGCAACUCACACUGGGAGUACCUUGGCUCCAGCUCGAGUGAGAGUGGACCAUUGAGCAAAGGCGGCGACGACAGCGUCAAGCUCGACUUUGGCCUGAGCAGUGCUAACCUCUCUGCUGAGGCGAAGAAGGCUUGGGGAUACGAUUUCGGCUUGGUGUACAGCGUGACGCUUGGCAAAGAUGGCCUCCAAACGAUGCUCAACGUCCGCAACUCCGGCAGCACCGCCUUCGACUUCCAGAUCCUCCUCCACUCCUACUUCUCCACGCCCUCCAUCACCCGCACCGCCAUCACCGGCCUCGCGGGCACCUCGUACGUCGACAAAGUCCUCAACGCCACCGAACACACCGAGUCCAACACCUCCAUCUCCAUCACGGGCGAAGUCGACCGCGUGUACAAGUCCAUUCCACAAGAUACGACCUCAGUACUCGUCGAUGGCAAGCCGAUUCUCGAUGUGCAGAGAGAUAAUGUGCGGGAUUCGGUGCUGUGGAACCCGUGGAUCGAGAAGGCGAAGGGUAUGGGUGACUUUGAGCCCAAGGACGGCUACCAGAAGAUGGUCUGCGUGGAGGUCGGCGCGGUCGAUGGCUGGCAGAAGCUGGAGCCAGGUGAGACAUACGAGGGCGGACAGAUUCUGAGGGCGUAUUGA